UCGUGUUUUCACGUCAUUUGUUGAUUCUCUAUAUCAAAUCAAACGUAAAAAUUCUAUACCUGUGAUUCAGUAUUUUGUCGUUCAAGAAUCAGAAUCUUAGAUCAAAAUCAUCUGAAUCAAAUUGUUAUAGUUUUUAUCUCAUCUGCAGACAAAAAUUUACCAAUAGGAAAGUUUCUGGUUGAACAGUUUUAAAAAAUUAGCCCCUGCCGAGAUAUUUUCUUCAAACACAAUAGUUUUCCAUCUUGGUGGCCCAACGAGCAGAAAUUUGUAAAUCGAAUAUGAACGUCAGAAAUAUUGUCGAAUUCUGUGUGUUGGCUUAAAUACAUUGAAUGUAUUUGAACAAAGUGACAAGCGUUAGGCUCAAAAUCUCUUGGUAAUAUUUGAACUAGCUUCACUGUUCACCCCUUUAUCUGUCAAAAUUGCAGGUCAAUUCAUAGUGCGAGGUUUCUUUCUCUUCGAUACAAAGCGCCAUUUCCAAACUCAACACCGACUUACCAUCUAAAUAAAACGAUAUACAAUACUUCGCCUUUUGUUACCAUUUACGGUGGCUGAAUUUAAAUACUGCUCGAAUACUCAAUCUUAAUUUUCACUUAUUCAUGCGUUCAUGUGGUAAAAGAGGACAAUACAAUCUAUACCUUUUGAUUUUACACUAUUCCUCUUUAUAUUAGUUAAUCCACGUUAGAGCAGUUUUAUCUCUCCUUUUCCUUAUGUUGUUGAAAAAAUGCACAGCUACUGUUAGAUUUUUGCUUAGAGUUAUUGUUCCAUUGGUGGUAUUAUUGGCUGUAUUAUGUGGCGGAGUCAAAAGCACCAACAAAAUUUACUGUGAAUACGAGUAUGAAGGUUGUGCGUUCCAGGAAAGCGACGACGGAAGCAAAACAUGUUUAUGUUCUUGUUCUAAACCUUGUCAGAACGACGGCGAGUGUUUUACGCCCAAUGAGUGUCGAUGCAAACCGGGCUACCUAGGAGACGACUGUUCAGAGAGCUGUGCGAAAGGAAGAUGGGGCAAAGAUUGCAUGAACUCGUGCUCCUGCUCGAACGGGGAAUGUCAUCCCGAAAACGGAGUUUGUACCUGCGACCCCGGAUACACUGGACCUGCCUGUGCAGAUAAAUGUGAGCAUGGGCGAUAUGGCGAAGGCUGUUCACAGAAUUGUCCGAACUCUUGUUCAGGUGUGAAAGAUGCUGACGUCAGCUCUCAGAUUUGCGAUCACGUGACCGGCCAGUGCUCGUGUCUUCCUGGAAAAUAUGGAACAAUAUGUGAACACAAAUGCCAAACCGUAGACGAUGACAUUCUGUGCAAAUCAAACCCCUGUGAAUGUAAGAACGGAGGAAACUGUACCGAACAUAACAUGUGCUUAUGUCCACCUGGAACUAUGGGUGAAAAAUGUGAACACAAAUGUCCAGAAGGAAAAUUUGGACUCAACUGUCAAUCGACGUGCCCCUCUUGUCAAAACGGCAAGUGCGACAAGGUCACUGGCUCGUGUAACUGCGAUGCCGGCUAUUCUGGCUAUGCGUGCAAUGAAGUGUGUCCUGCCGGGUCAUGGGGGCAGAAUUGCGGGUUGAAGUGCGACUGUCCGUUUAACCUCAAUUGUGAUUCAUUCGCGGGAUUCUGCAGGUGCGUGGACAACCCGCGCGACCCCGGCAACUGUUCGAUAAUCUACGAGGAAUGCAAGAGGGGUUUCUAUGGGAAGUACUGUGACAGCACCUGUGCCUGUGAUUCAGACCAGUUCUGUGGCAGACUCACCGGAGAGUGUCUGGACUGCGACAAACACGGCAGAAACUGUGCUGCUGCUUCGGAUGAGCACAGCCACAUGAAUAUAAUCAUAGUAGCCAUCGCAGUCAUCUGUGCAGUCAUGGUCGCCCUCAUCUUGCUCUUCAUCAUGAGGAGGGUCAUCGUCCAUAGACAGGACACUAAGCACCAGAGAUCAAAGGGCGCCGCCAGACUCAUGCUCAACCCAGAAGAGGUCAUUUUCCACCGUGAUCCAGUCACAGGUGUUCCACAAGCUUAUUGCACUAUUGGUCCAAGGCGGAACCUAGAGGGAAGCACUAGUAUGGGGGUCAACUUGGGCUCGCCUUCCAGUUGCAGUGAAAAAGACCAGCAGCCGAUGCUGGUUGCACUGCCACCCGAGAUGAACUUCCGGGGAUACUCCACAGUGCCUCACAAACAUUCAUAUGGGGAUAACCUUAAGGGUCCUGGCCAACGAGUCGAGUUGCCAUAUAUGGUACCUGUCGUCUCUCGAAACCCAUUCCAGCAUACAGUUCCAAACGAUUACUCACUCGACAAUCCUCCGCCGUCGGCGAACCUUCCGUCGAGCAGUCACUACAACCCAUUUACCAACGAACCCAUAAACGAUGCUCGAGCAAGUUACGAUAGCGGAACAUACGAGACCAUAAGAGACGAGAACCUAUACGAAGAAAUGAACUACGCCUCGCUAUACGAAACCGCGGAACCUAAACCAGGCUCGGUCAAGUUUUCAACUUUACUGCAUAGACCAACAGAGCCUAGCGUGGCCACGCUGUCGCGAGAUACAUACGGGAACAGUAAUAAUACGAAUGCAAGCAGGAUGUCGUCGUUUAUGCUGAGGAGUGAGAGUAGUCAUUCGGAGCACUACAGGUCUCCGUCCGAUACAUAUGGUGCUCAAAUGGAACUAUAUGGCAGCCAAAAUUUAGAAACAUAUUCUUGAAGACAAGUUAACUCAACACUUUAGUAUUAGUGAAGCUAUUGUAAUUGUCACUUUGUGAUUUUAAUGUUUACUCACUUUCCAAUCAAAUA